GCCCGUUUCCAGCAAUCAUUGGCAUCCAGAGAACGUCCUUACGCUCCUUAAAGCUCAGUUGAAUUUGAACGACAAUGGAGCACGGACUCAUCCUACUGGUGGCCGCCUGCUCGGCCUUGUUGCUUCCUGAAGUGCGAGGAACAGCUCACCUGUCGUUCAGCACCGCAGAGGUGAGCGUCACCCAGGAUGGCUGCGGCGAGACCGUCCUGUGCUUGAGUGAGCCAAGUGACUGCGACCCUGCAACAGAUGACCCUUGUCUGUUUGCGUCUUUGAAUGCUACCUCCAUGGACUCUGACAGUUUCGACUUAUAUGUCGGCCUCAGUGGAAUGUCCAUGGGUUACAUUGCUUUGGGACUUACCCAGGACGAAACUGAGGGUACGACCAUGCUUUUUGUGUGUGGAAUAAACAGCACUGAUAACAGCUCAUUCUUUUUCACCACACUGGACAAAAACAACAGCGAUAAUGAGCUUACUCCAAAUGAAAGGACUACAGAAGAGAUCCGUGGCACCGUGAACGACUCACUGAUCCAAUGUAACUUCGUCAUUCCAAACGUCACCACCACCACCGCCGUGGUGUUCCUGGGAAAUGGAACUGUCACCGACAAUACUCCCGAAAUGUUCAUGGACAUUUUUAAUAAGACAGUGAACCUCACCGACGUGAAUGGUAUCAUCACUGCCAAGACUCUGAACAUCAACCGAGACGGCUGCGGAGAUACCAAACUGUGCGUGGAGUCACCGGAUGACUGCGAUCCUCAAGUCGACACCUCUUGUCUGUUUACGUCUCUGAACACCAUGACCGACAUGGACUCCGGCUUCAACCUGUCUGUGGAGCUCAGUGGAAACUCCCCGGGAUUCAUUGCAAUGGGACUCACCCAGGAUGCAAAUGAGGGCAUAACCACUCUUUAUGUGUGCGGAAUAAACAGCAGCAAUGACAAUGCAUUCUUCUUCCUCACACUGGACAGAAACAACGCUGAUGGGAAUCUUACUGAAAGUGAUCAGGUUGUGAGCGACCUCUGCUAUGCGGUGAAUGACACAUCCAUCCAAUGUACUUUCACCAUAGAAAAUGCAAACUCAGUUACCACCAGAGAGGCUUCGGACGGGUCCGUCGGCAACGUUCUCCUGGGAAAUGGAUCCCUCGAAAACGGCGAGGUCACUACCUUUGAGCCCACCGUGACCACUGAACCCCUGAAUUUCACGAACCCAAAUGGUAGCAUCACCCCCCCGAUGAUGUUGAACAUCAACCGAGAUGGCUGCGGGACAACCAUCCUGUGCUUGGAGACGCCAGAUGACUGCAACCCUGAAACCGAUGAGGACUGUCUUUUCACGUCCAUAGAUGCCACCGACACUGACCCCCUCAUGGCCACCAUCAGGCUCAGUGGAAACUCGUCGGGAUAUGUAGGAUUCGGACUUACAGAGAACGCCACUGAGGGAACCACCUUGCUUUUCGCCUGCGCGCAAAACAUGACGGGAAACGGGACGUUUUUCUUCAGUGUGUUAAUCAGAAACAACACUGACGGCACUUUCAUUGAAGAUGACAGGGAAGUGACUAAUGUUGGUGUGGUGAACGGCACAUCCAUCGAUUGCGAGUUCAACUUUAUCAAUUUGGAACCGAGACAGAUUGUGAAUGAAACAGUUUCCACAGUCUUGCUGGGCAUUGGAAAUGUGACUGGAGAUGUUCUUGGACCAUUUGAAAUCUUGCUGGAUUCGCUUGUGAACCUCACUGAUGCCAACGGAAUGAUCUUUACGCCCGCAAGCGCUGGAACCACGAAGCGCAGUGACGCCAUGUUGAUCCUGCUGAGCGUUUUCACAGUGUUGGCCGUGCUCCGAGGCCAAUGAGCCCACACAUGAAGUGGAAGAGGAGGUCAUCGGUUCCAAUGAAAACACAACAACUGCAAACACGACGUGUAUUCUAUUAACGUUUUUUACCAUCUUCUAAGUCUACCCACUCGGACGUGUGAAGCUAUUUGGCUUUUAGAUAGAGCAGCAGGGUUCUGCUAAUGGGCAUCGUCAUUAUAGGAGCAGCUCAUUGGAGCCCAUUUCCACGGAAGAGAACUUCAGGUCUGACAAGUUUGAACUGUUUGAGAAGAACCAAAGCCAGGUUGCAAUUUGUUUUGUGUUCAUUUUGCGUUCAAUGUGCAUGUAGCCGCAGUGUAAAGUAUUUAUGGAUUUUACGUCAUCUGAAAGCAUGAAUAAAGUUUUGUCCUUUGUCCUAAAA